UCGAGAUUAAAAAUUCAAAAAUAAAUAAACAAAAUAAACGAAAAUGAAAUAUAAGAAAAUGGUUAUAAAAUAGCAAAAUAUAGUAUAAAUAAUAGAACAAUGAUCAACAUACUCACAUAUAUUGGAAUGAGCCUACAGUCUGAAGUGUGCCUGUGGACAGUUCUUGGCAUUUUAAGAACAAUUUUCGACGCCACGCUGUUCAAAGUGAACGCUAAUCUUAAACAGGUAUGGCACAUGAAAAUGCCAGAAGAGCUAUCAUUGCACGUGCAACGCGUUCUAAGGACGACAAUUUCUGGUGUAAUGCUUGUGGAGUGCUUCACAGUGUAUGUCUAUCUGGCCUCGUAUAUAGUCCUCCUAUAUCCAGUAUUUUUGGAGGAACGCCCCACUCUGGUGCUGCCUUGGCUCCUGCUUGCAGCAAUAAGGAAUUUCCUUUGCGAACUGACCAGCUUAGCUUUAGGUCUUGGAACAUGCGUUCUCCUUGGACCAGCCAGACCCCCCUGUAUAAAAUUUCUAAUCCGCAAACUCGCCUCCAUUAUGCCAGCGUUUUAUAUGUGGAUGCUUAUAUUGAGUUACUAUCAUUAUUUAAAAAUGGCAUCGGCCUUUAAAACAUUUCCUGCAGUAUUGCCCACAAAAGAUUAUGACUAUGGAUUAGAACUGGCUGUGCGUAGACGUCGAACUAAAUCAUUACAAGGUGAAGAUCAAUUGCGAAAAAAACUUAUUGCCAGUUUCUAUGGAGAACGAGCCCCAUCGAUUGACAGAGUAAUAACCCAAUCAUUAGUAAAACUAAGCGAAACAUUUAAAAAAUCAUCGAGUAAUGAAGAUAUUCAAUCAGUUGGUAUAGAUGGGCCGUGUCCCUUAUCCGUUAUUUCUAACAGAACAAUAUCUGAUAUAGGCACAUACGAAGACUGGUUUGGCAGUGAAGUAGUUGUACCACGUGAUACUGACCGCAUUCUAGAACAAUUUGUAUUAAUGUUACUACGUAUAGGUGUUUUCAAGAAAAAAGAUAAUGUUGAUCCUGUUAAGCUUUUUUCAAAUUCUCAAGCGUUCUUGCCACAGCGUAUUGAAUGCCCCGCGAUUAACACUGAAGAUUCAGAUACGCCGCCUCUUGUGGGAAGUAACAAAGGUAGAGUAGCAUCUUACCUGCGAGAUUAUCCGCAAAUAUUUAUGAAAAAACCAUCAGAUUUAUUUGGGUCAUUAAAUUCACCUGAAAGCAGACCUCAAAAUAAUAAUGCACAAAAUGAUAAUGUUUCUAACCAGAGUUUACAAGGCUUCGAACCAACUAAAGAAAUUUCAUUGGAUACCGUUAGCCUUAAUAAAGAAAACCACAUUAGAAAAAAUACUAGUAAAAACCUUAUACAUUCUGAAGUAGAAUUUUUUGAAUAUUUUGAUAAGGAUGAGAAACACUUAGAAAAUAUUGAUAGCACAGAAUCAGCUAAAAUGAAAAUAGAGUCAACUGAGAGUAGUGAAAGUAUGAUCAAUACAAUAAAGAUUCAAGCAGCUCUUAAUGAUGAGUCUGAUGAUAACAAAAUCGAGAUUAAUUCUUCAACUGACAGUGGUAACCGUAUUAAAAGUAGCACUUAUGAUAAAUCUUCAACAAAGUCCAAUUCACAAAAGAAAAAAAAUUCUGACGUUACGGAAUAAUUUGGAUGAAACAAAUAUAUAUGGAUAAAAUGAAUGUAAAUAUUA